UAUCUCCUCCGUACUGUGCCAUCCUUCUGCGACUUUGCUGAUACAGACAGCAUUGGAGCAAUGUUUCUGUUUUCUUGGAGAUAACACACCACCCUGCCACGUACUUCUGAGGCAUGGCCUCUCUGCAGUGGCCGCGAGCUCUUCCGCGAGCCGUACGAAAGCCGACAACAUGGCCACCCUCUGUGCUAUCGCUGCCAUCGAGGAGGCAACACACCGCCACGGCCGCCACGGCCGAGAUACGCGAGCAGGAGCCAUAUCUUCCAGAAGCAGGUACAGUUCCGCCGUCAACGAGACUCGAACGACGAGAUAGGCUACGCGAUGCAAAACCCUUUUCCGAGUUCCUCACCGAUACCUUCGACCGGCAGCACGACUACCUGCGCAUUUCCUUGACGGAGCGCUGCAACUUACGAUGUACAUACUGCAUGCCUUCCGAGGGUAUACAGCUCUCGCCAGAUCGCGAGAUCCUCACGACACCCGAAAUAUACUAUUUGAGCGCUCUCUUCGUCAGCCAGGGUGUCAGCAAGAUCAGGCUGACUGGUGGCGAACCCACCGUGCGCAAAGACAUUGUCCCGCUCAUGCAGCAGAUUGGCAGUCUGCGACGGAACGGUCUGAAAGAGCUGGCCCUGACGACCAAUGGUAUAUCCUUGCACCGCAAGUUGGACGAGAUGGUUGAAGCUGGUCUGACAGGCGUCAACAUCAGCCUGGACACGCUGGACCCCCUUCAGUUCCCCUUGUUGACACGGCGGAAUGGUUUCAACGCGGUAAUGAAGAGCAUCAAUCGUGUGCAGGAACUGAACAAGCUGGGGGCAGGCGUGAAGCUCAAGAUCAAUUGCGUUGCGAUGCGUGGCAUCAACGACGACCAGAUUCUCAAGUUUGUCGAAAUGACUCGAGACCAGGAUGUCGAAGUACGCUUCAUCGAAUACAUGCCAUUCGGUGGCAACAAAUGGGCGGAGAAGAAGAUGCUGCCAUACGCGGAAAUGGUGCAGCUGAUACAGGCGCAAUAUCCUACACUCACGCGGCUUCGAGAUGCAAAGAAUGACACCUCGAAAACAUGGCAGGUCCCUGGCUUCAAGGGACGCGUUGGCUUCAUUACAAGCAUGACACACAAUUUCUGCGGCACCUGCAACAGACUACGUAUAACGUCUGAUGGUAACUUGAAAGUGUGUCUUCAUGGGGAUGCCGAGGUCAGUCUGCGAGAUCUGCUGCGUACUGAGAAUUCGGGUGAACCGAUGGACGAGCACGCGUUCGAAGCGAUACGACAGAUUGAACUUGACAGGCGGAAAACGCAACAAGCAGGCCUGCGCUUUGACGGCGAAGAAGGCUGGAUCAGUAAAGAGCGCCAGUUGCUAGAGGUCAUUGGUGCUGCCGUGAAACGGAAAGCAGUCAAACAUGCUGAUAUGGGAGAUUUGGAGAAGAUGAAGAACCGCCCCAUGAUAUUGAUUGGUGGGUAGGUUCACUUCUACGUUCAUAUUGCAUGUGUGAUUUCAUUU